AUGAAUAAAAAGUUUCUUGUGAAAAUUAUGCUGACCGCUGUGGCAUUUUCGAAUAUUCUAACAAUUUUUGUGCAAUUUUCAAUUCAUUCUUGGUUUGAAACGUCAAAAUUGUUUGAUAUUCUGGGAAAUGUGAAUGAGUCUUCGAAUCAAGUGUUUGAUGUUCCCGAGUUCAAGUAUUUAAUUUCCAAACCGAAAUGCAGUCGUAACAGUUCAGCUCCAUAUUUUGUCACGUUGGUGCAUUCAUCGCCGACGCAGUUUGAAAGACGGGCUGCUUGCCGAGAUACGUGGGCACAUUCGGAUCCACGAACGAAAACCUAUUUUCUGAUGGGAAUGGUUCAGUCUUCGUCACUUCAGAAGAGAAUCAACGAAGAAGAUGUACGAUUCAAUGAUAUCAUUCAAGGCAAUUUCGUUGACUCUUAUCGUAAUCUGACGUACAAACACACAAUGGCCUUGAAAUGGUUUUCAGAUAAUUGUCCCCAUGUCAAGUAUCUGCUGAAACUGGAUGAUGACGUCUUUGUGAAUGUUCCAGCCGUUCAUGAAUAUUUGUUGAACAACACAGACCAAGUAGCGCAUUUACAUGGCCUCACAAAUAUUCGUCAUCUAGUUCAACGCAGGGGAAAGUGGAAAGUGAGACCUGAAGAAUUUAACGGUGGUAUAUAUCCAGAUUUUGUAUCAGGUCAAUCGAUCAUUUAUUCGAGAGAUUUUGUGCAUGAGGCUUUCAAAAAGACAUUCACAACACCAUAUUUCUGGAUUGAUGAUGUUUAUGUAACCGGGAUAAUUCGAGAAGAACUUAAUGCCACAAUCAAACCGAUUGGCCACCUAAAAUUGAAUGGCGAUAACCUGAAGAAUGUCUUGAAAGGAAAUUUAAGCUGUCAGCCAGUCAAAGUCAGCAAAUUUGUAACUGCGGCAUUUGUUGGUUAUCAAGCGCAUGAAUUGACCGACGGAUUGAUGGAAAAUCAGAUCGUGCCAUAUCAAAAACAAAUUCCAUAUCCACCACAAGUUCCAUAUCCGUAUACCAAACCGGAAGAAGAUGAUUUGGGCGCAAACGAAAUCGUUUUGAUUCUGCUUUUGAUCAUCGUUGCUCUUUUGCUGUUGGUUCUGGUCAUCGUAGGGGGAUCAAAGUGCAUUUUGUAUAUCGAAAAACGUGCCGUAAAACUCUAUCGAGAUCAAAAUGAAUAA